AUGACCUAGGCCAAUAAAAAACUCAAUUUUGUUGUUUUGAUUUCGUCUGUUGGAGUUGACAAAUUCUUUAAUCUUCGAAAGUAAAAGUACAAAAAUGAGUUCCAAAGAUCGCAUAAAUAUUUUUCCAUCACGAAUGGCACUCACAACGAUGAAAUCACGUUUGAAGGGAGCACAAAAAGGUCAUUCUUUACUGAAGAAAAAAGCUGAUGCAUUACAGAUUCGAUUCCGAAGUAUAUUAAAAAAGAUUAUCGAAACAAAAAAUCUGAUGGGUAAUGUAAUGCGUGAAGCAUCCUUCAGUUUAGCCGAAGCUAAAUUCACCGUUGGCAGUGAUUUUAAUCACAUAAUAUUGCAAAAUGUGACAAAUGCACAAUUCAAAGUUCGAUGCAAAAAAGAAAACGUUGCCGGAGUGAAUCUACCAAUUUUCGAGACCUUUCAGAAUAGUAGCGAUGCAAAUGAAUUUGCUGGAUUGGCUCGUGGCGGGCAACAAUUGACCAAGAUCAAGAAAAACUAUGCUAACGCAAUAAAACUAUUGGUCGAAUUGGCAUCAUUGCAAACAAGUUUUAUCACAUUGGACGAAGUAAUCAAGAUAACAAAUCGACGUGUUAAUGCAUUGGAAUAUGUUGUUAUACCACGUAUCGAACGAACAAUAAAUUAUAUCAUUUCCGAAUUGGAUGAAAUGGAACGAGAAGAAUUUUAUCGUUUGAAAAAGGUACAAGAAAAAAAGAAGAAAGUUCGAGCAGCUCGUGAAGCUGAUGUUCGUUUAUUGAAAGAAAAAAUGGGCAAUCAAUUUAAGGAACCGACCAAUAUCCUUGAAGAUGAACACGAUGAAGAUUUGCUUUUUUAAUAAUUUGCAUAAUUUAUAAGUAUUUGUGUGUUUAUUUACUUCAAAUCUUAAGUAUUGUAUUGUAUUGUUUUGAAUUCAUUUCCCUAAACUUUUUAAAAUAUUUGAUCUUCCACUAUUGAUUGUUUUUAGCUGGUCAGUAUUACGAUUUCUCUAGUUAAGCCAAAUAAAGUUUUUUAUUGUUUGUUU